AUGGCUGCAAAUGGUGAUAUUCCGGAAUCAUUGGAGGAGAUCAAUCUACGGAUGAAUGCCACCACUGAUGAGAGCAAAGAAGCUGGAAUUAAAACGUUGGUUAUGCUGGAUGAUCAAGGAGAACAACUGGAGCGGGUAGAAGGAGGUUUGGAUACAAUAAAUCAGGAUAUGCGUGAAGCUGAAGAGCAUUUAAAGGGCAUGGAAAAAUGCUGUGGUCUAUGCAUCUUACCGUGUAUGAAGACACAAGAUUUCGAGAAAAAUUCUGAAUAUGCAAAAGCCUGGAAAAAGGAUGAUGACGGUGGUGUGAUCAAUGAUCAACCGCGUAUAACAGUUGGCGAUUCGGGUAUGGGACCACAGGGUGGAUACAUUACACGUAUAACUAAUGAUGCACGUGAAGAUGAGAUGGAUGAAAAUAUACAGCAAGUAUCCACCAUGGUUGGUAAUCUGCGGAAUAUGGCAAUUGAUAUGAGCACAGAAGUUAGUAAUCAAAAUCGACAGCUUGAUCGUAUACAGGAGAAGGUAGGAAUCUUUAAAUAA